AUGUACCGCUGCAUCGGCGCAGGCUGCUGUGGCAGCAUAUGGACGCCCGAUAACGUCGAUUGGGUGGUCAAAUGCGAAGAUGGAGGCAAUCGAGGCCGCUCAGUAGCCAACGACCAGCUCAUGCACCGCCGUGUUAUCGCGGCCGCAACUGAAAGAGACAAGGGAACCUCGGGACUGGAACUGCGCUUUUGCAUACCCAAAUCAAUGGAAAUCAUCGAAGCAGAAGACGAAUGGUGGACUUCCCACCUCAAGCAGUUCCCGAGUGAUCGAACAGCAUGCCGAGCAUACUUCCAGGAGCGCAUCCCCUCCGUUCCAGUGCCCAUCCGCGACAUGCUCAUCGAGCGGUACUGCCCCAAAGCCAUCAAAGUCACCACGAGAGCAAGUCGAGAGAACGAAGAUUGCCUGAUACGCAUCUACACCGGCAAGCGACGACGACAAGGGCGACCUCCGACCUUCUUCAACCUCCGGAAUUACGGACUACAUAUCGACCAGAUGCAUGAGCUAGGCCUCGACACUAACACUGUCGUCCAGGUAUUGGCCGAAGCGUUGGCACACUGCUACUGGCGCGCACAUGUCGAUGCGAACGAUGUCGAGUUCGUUUUCGCGCCAGCAAGCUCGAAGCAUUCAUCGACGCCUACUUUCAUGAUCGCAGGACUGGAGCAGGAGCUUGUUAUCUGGAUCCUGGACUACGACUGCGUGCGGGAUAUGGGGCAGAGCGAAGAAGGUAUUCGGCGAGCAGUGCAUGCGUUCUACCAGAACGACUCGUAUUUUCCGCGGCCGCACUUCUAUGGUCAUACUGAAGACGAUGUACGAUUGUGGAAAAGUUUCAAGGGAUACUUUCUGGAGAUAAGUGAAGCUAUCCUGGGAGAUCGGAAGCUUGCGGAUGAGUGGGUAAGGCUCAUUGAGGAAGAAGGUAGACGGAGAGCUGUAAACAAUACAGCUUGUGAGUGCUCCAUGCAGCCCACAGCGUAG